UAUGUCCUUGAGAAAGAGCAAUAUUUCUUCUGGGUCACUACAUCUAUAAGGAACACAGUACUCUAGAUUAGAAAGCGGCGCUCAACAUCAAACUGGGGACAAUGGAUAGUGGGUCCUUGCCUCCAUGAUAUCAUCGGCACGGCAUCAUGAUCUCUCUACUUACGUACGGCUACGGCACCAUGCGCUGUGCGAUCUGAACCUGAAGCAGAUCUUUACCCCAUAUCGAGCCGAUGAAGUGGAUUCCAAGAUACUAGAUUCACCCCCAAGAUUGGUCCUGCUUUACUUGGAAAGGUAUUCAUCUCGAUUUGGAGAAGUAGCAAACGGAGACAACUUCGAACAAAUUUUGCAUGGGGACCAUCAGAUGUUGAAAGAGCAUCUGUUCAGGUUUCGAAGCAUGAAACGCAACCAUAGACAGCACAUGAAUAAUAUCAGCAUGUGCUAG